UACACUUAAAUAAACCAACUUCAUCCCUGAAUCUCCUAACAAUUACAAGUAGUUAUCAGCUAGCUAAGCUAAUUUUAAACAAGACAUGCUAAAAUAAAAUUCAUAUCUCAUCUAAUAUACAUGGCUUUCUACAAACCAAGCCUAUCAUCAUCAACAACUACUUCCAUUUUUACUUCCUCCUACAAGAGAAAAACCAUAUUUCUCUCCUCUUUCUUCCUCAUAUUCUUCCUUCUACUCCUUUUAGGCAAUGUAUUCUUCUCAAACCCUAAUUUUUUUCAUGUUGAGCACCUCCUUAUCCAAGCAAAACCAUCUCAACCUCAGUCUUCGUUUCAUCCAAACAAGAUUAAACCACCGGAAUUGUUUAAGGUCAUUCUCGAGAAUCAAUUAAGACCUCAUCAAACCCUAAAAGUAGGUUUAAUCAAUUUUGAGGACCCACCACAUUCAUACUUAAAUUUUGGUGGGACCGUAGAAAUUGUAAACAUAAAGCUUGAGCCAAUCUCAUCUAACAUCACUUGGGAAAAACUUUUUCCAGAAUGGUUGGAUGAGACCCAAACCAAAGACUCGUGCCCAGAGAUUCCCAUGCCAAAGCACGGGACAUACUCUGGGCUCGAUGUCGUGGUGGCAAAAUUGCCAUGCACAAAAGGAAAGGAGGAAAUCAACAUGAAUGGGAAUUGCUUAAAGGAGGGAAUUAGAGAUGUUCAUAGGCUACAAAUAAGUCUUGCAACAGCUCAUUUGGUAGUUGAGAAUGGGAUUAGUAGCAAAGAGAAGAAGGUUUAUGCUGUGUUUGUUGGAAAAUGUAAUGAGCCCAUGGUGGAAUUAUUUAGGUGUGAUGAUUUGCUAUGGCAUAAAGGGGAUUAUUGGGUGUAUAAGCCUAAUGUUAAGAAGUUGAAGGAGAUGAUUGGCAUGCCCGUGGGAAGUUGUGCUCUCCAUCAUCCUUAUGCUGGAUCUUCAGAAGAGAAAGGAAGUAGAGAGUUGCUAGCCAAUGGAAAUCAAUUUCUACACGAGCUUCAAAGUGUGCCAAGAUCUACAAGCACGUACGCACCAAGAGAAGCCUACGUAACAAUUAUCCAUUCAUCUGAGGACUAUGUAUGUGGAGCUAUAGCUUUAGCGCAAAGUAUUCUCCAAACUAAUACCACCAAGGAACUAGUCCUUCUUGCGGAUCAUACCAUAUCUCAUCACUCCAUCUUAAGGCUCCAAUUGGCCGGUUGGAUAGUAAAACGGAUUGAACGAAUCGAUAGCCCUAACCGCAAGAUGGAUGCCUAUAACAAGUGGAACUAUAGCAAGUUACGAAUUUGGGAAUUAGUCGAGUAUGAGAAACUCAUUUACAUCGAUUCUGAUUUUAUAGUUCUUCGUAAUAUUGACCAUUUCUUUAACUUACCUCAACUUUCCGCUGCACCAAAUGAUAAGUGGCUUUUUAACACGGGAAUUAUGGUCCUUGAGCCAUCUAAGUGCUUUUUUGACGAUCUUAUGGCCAAGCGUUUCAGUCUUAAUUCAUACAAUGGUGGAGAUCAAGGAUAUUUAAAUGAGGUCUUAACUUGGUGGCACAGACUAACGUUGAAAAUAAACUUUAUGAAGAUUUUUAGUGAAGGAAAAAGAGAGAUACUUGUUCCUAAGGAUAGGUACACAAUUCAUUUCCUAGGAACAAAACCAUGGUUAUGUAAUACAAGUUAUGAUUGUAAUUGGGAUAGACUAGAGAAUCAUCGUUUUGCAAGUGAUGAUGCUCAUGCAUAUUGGUGGCAAGUUUAUGAUGCAAUGCCAAAGAAGCUGAAAAGAUAUUGUGGGACGACAAAGAAACAAGAUAAAGGUGUUCACAAUAAAAAACCGAGAGCUCGAGAACAUCUCAUUGCACUAUAAUAAAUUUAAUUUUUUGUGAUAUUAGAUUUAGUGGCAUUAAAAAAAUGUCACUAAUUCAUAUUUUUAAUGUAAUAAUUAUUAGUUUUUAUUUUAAGUUCCACCAUAAAGUGAUUUAGCGACACUUUAUUUGGCCUUUAGUGGCAUAUAUAAUUGUUACGAUAGUCUAUAGUGGUAGUUAUGAGAA